GGGGCGCGGGCCGGCUAUGGCGCGACGGCACUGAGGGCGUGGGGCGGGCGGCGGCCGGAGGUUCGGCGGCGCGGGAGGAAGCAGCAGCGGUGGCUCCAUGGCCCGAGCGCGCUGAGGGACGCGGCUCUCGCCUCAGCCCGGCGGCGGCCGAACAAUGAAGCUCCUGAAGCCAACCUGGGUCAACCACAAUGGCAAGCCAAUUUUUUCAGUUGAUAUUCACCCCGAUGGGACCAAGUUCGCAACUGGAGGACAAGGGCAGGAUUCUGGGAAGGUUGUGAUCUGGAAUAUGUCUCCAGUCCUCCAGGAGGAUGACGAGAAGGAUGAAAAUAUUCCCAAGAUGCUUUGCCAGAUGGACAAUCACUUAGCAUGUGUGAACUGUGUGCGGUGGUCAAACAGUGGGAUGUAUUUAGCUUCUGGGGGAGAUGACAAACUGAUUAUGGUGUGGAAGCGGGCUACGUACAUUGGACCCAGCACUGUGUUUGGAUCCAGUGGUAAGCUUGCCAAUGUGGAGCAGUGGCGUUGUGUCUCUAUCCUCCGAAGUCACUCAGGUGAUGUAAUGGAUGUAGCAUGGUCUCCCCAUGAUGCCUGGCUAGCCUCAUGCAGCGUGGAUAACACUGUCGUCAUCUGGAACGCCGUGAAGUUUCCAGAAAUUCUUGCAACUCUGAGAGGUCAUUCUGGUUUGGUGAAGGGGUUGACUUGGGACCCUGUUGGUAAAUAUAUUGCCUCUCAAGCUGACGACCGCAGCCUGAAGGUGUGGAGAACACUGGACUGGCAGUUAGAGACCAGCAUCACCAAGCCUUUUGACGAGUGUGGAGGGACAACCCAUGUGCUGCGGCUCAGCUGGUCACCUGAUGGGCAUUACUUGGUAUCUGCCCAUGCCAUGAACAACUCUGGCCCCACUGCCCAGAUCAUUGAACGGGAGGGCUGGAAAACCAAUAUGGACUUCGUGGGGCACCGGAAAGCUGUGACUGUUGUGAAAUUCAACCCAAAAAUCUUCAAAAAGAAGCAGAAGAAUGGGAGUUCUGCAAAGCCCAGCUGCCCAUACUGCUGCUGUGCUGUUGGCAGCAAGGACCGCUCGCUCUCUGUCUGGCUCACGUGUCUGAAACGGCCUCUGGUUGUCAUACAUGAGCUGUUUGACAAAUCCAUUAUGGAUAUAUCUUGGACUCUGAAUGGGCUGGGUAUCCUGGUAUGUUCUAUGGAUGGUUCUGUGGCAUUCCUCGACUUCUCCCAAGAUGAGCUUGGAGACCCCCUAAGUGAGGAAGAAAAGAGCCGCAUUCACCAGUCCACCUAUGGCAAAAGCCUAGCCAUCAUGACCGAGGCUCAGCUCUCCACUGCUGUCAUCGAGAACCCUGAGAUGCUCAAGUAUCAACGGAGGCAGCAACAGCAGCAGCUGGACCAAAAAGGUGCCACAGCCAGAGAGACAGCCUCAGCUUCCUCAGUCACAGGGGUUGUUAAUGGAGAAAGUCUGGAAGACAUCAGGAAGAAUCUUUUGAAGAAACAAGUUGAGACUCGGACAGCAGAUGGUCGGAGAAGAAUCACACCUCUCUGCAUAGCACAGCUGGACACUGGGGACUUCUCCACGGCAUUCUUUAACAGCAUCCCACUCUCGGGCUCUCUUGCGGGCACCAUGCUAUCCUCUCACAGUCAGCAGCUACUGCCACUGGACUCCAGUACCCCCAACUCCUUUGGCGCCUCGAAGUCUUGCACAGAGCCUGUGGCAGCCACCAGUGCCAGACCUACAGGCGAGUCUGUCAGUAAGGACAGUGUGAAUGCUACCUCUACUCCUGCUGCAUUGUCACCUUCCGUGUUAACAACCCCAUCCAAGAUUGAGCCCAUGAAAGCAUUUGACUCCCGAUUCACAGAGCGUUCCAAAGCCACACCAGGUGCUCCUUCCUUGACCAGUGUGACUUCGGCAGCUGUAGAAAGGUUGAAAGAGCAGAACCUAGUAAAAGAGCUGAGGCCCCGAGACCUUUUGGAAAGCAGCAGUGACAGCGAUGAAAAGGUCCCUUUGACCAAGCCUUCUUCACUAUCCAAGCGCAAACUUGAGCUCGAAGUAGAAACAGUGGAAAAGAAGAAGAAGGGGCGCCCUAGGAAAGAUUCCCGCCUUCUGCCCAUGUCACUCUCUGUCCAGUCCCCAGCUGUCCUGACUGCGGAAAAAGAGCCCAUGUGUCUGUCUGCACCAGCACUUGCACUGAAGCUGCCGAUUCCAGGCCCCCAGAGAGCAUUCACCCUCCAGGUGAGCUCUGACCCUUCCAUGUACAUUGAGGUAGAGAAUGAAGUGACAGCUGUGGGGGGGGGGGUGAAACUGAGCCGCCUGAAGUGCAACCGCGAAGGCAAGGAGUGGGAGACAGUACUCACCAGCCGUAUUCUCACUGCUGCCGGCAGCUGUGAUGUGGUAUGUGUUGCCUGUGAAAAGAGAACGCUGUCGGUGUUCUCCACCUGUGGUCGCCGCCUGCUCCCUCCCAUCCUCCUGCCAUCCCCUAUCUCUACUUUGCACUGCACAGGUUCCUACGUCAUGGCACUCACUGCUGCAGCAACACUGUCUGUCUGGUGAGAGUCAGGCCCGGCGGGUGGUGUCG